AUGGCACAGACAGAAGCUGGUCUGAAUGAGAUUAUUAUUCAUCUAGUGAAUCCUUACAGAUGCGGGGACUGUGGUGAAGAGUUCUGUCUGCGCAGUUUAUACCUCGAUCAUUUAGCAGAGCAUAUUGCUGUACUGAAGGCAACAGCUCCGUGCCAUCAGAUUGUAUGUGCCACCAGUCUAGUGGAGCAUCAGCCAAACAGCACCACAAUAACUAUGGAUAUCUUGAAAAUAAAUGAUCAGCAGAAGUUUGAGCUACAAGACAUGUCCCUUGAUUACACUGAACUCACCCCACUUAAAGUGCUAGAGCAAGCAGGCUUUUUGAAUUUACCUCGGCCACUGCAAAUUAAACCCCCUGCAACAAUAUGGUUGUUGAGGCAAGCCGGAUUGUUCAAGGAGAGGAUUCCAAAUCUGUCUGAACUGGAUUCCAUUGUUCAGCAAGCAUUGUUCAAGAGAGAACACAGUGUCACAGUUGCUGCUGCAGAUCUGUGUGAUGCUGCACAGUCGUUGAGUGAAGUCUUAGCUCCAGAUAAUGAGAGUGCAGAGUUUGACAGCGUUGACACUAGAUCAGUUUUAUCAAGGAGAAUAUUGCCUUCUGUGAUGGGAAAAGAGAAUAGAAAGGGUGUAGUGUGUUCAAUUUGUUCUCACGUGUUUGCGAAUGCACGUGUGCUAGAACGACAUAAAAUUGUGCACACUGGAGUCAGGCCUUAUAAUUGUAAUGUGUGCUUUAAAGAGUUCAAUGAUGUCAGCUCUCACAGAAAACACUUACUGCUCCACAAACGACAGCAUCGAUGCCCAGUGUGUCACCGAAUCUACUUGCGAAGGACACAGCUCUUGCUACACAUGAAGCAGCACAGGAAGAAGAGGUUCAUUCAGUUUGGUAAUGGAUUCUUUGAAGUACAGGUUAAUGUUACCAGAAGCACUGAGGGGCAGCUUGUGCAAGAAUACACCUUGCCGAUUCUUCAAGCACCAGAAAGAACUGAAAAAAGUGACGACUCUUCCAUGGCAGAAGGUCUUCUGGAUGCUAAGGAAGAACCAGAUGAAGUCAGUGCUAGAUUGCACCUUAAUUUGACUGAAAAUCAGCAGGAAAUUGAUUUAAAAUCAAAUCUUAAUUUGACCAAAAGUGAGCUUGAGAUCAAUGCAAAAUCAGGUCUUAGUUUGACUGAAAGUGACCAUCCUGGUCAGAUCUUGUCUGAUGCAUCAACGCUGGAAGGUCAGUUUGAGACUGAACAGAAAAAGAAAACACUAUAUCGUUGUGGACAUUGUAAAACUGUAAUCUUCACCAGACCAACUCUGUUCAGGCAUCUCAUCAAGCACACAAACACCAGACCCUUUCAGUGUGAGCAAUGCCUGAAAUCUUUCUAUGACAAAGCAGAUCUCCUUCAUCAUCAUAAAACUCACACAAAACCUGUUCAAUGUAGAACGUGCAAGUCAUCUUUCUCUAAAUAUUUAUAUCUCCAAAACCAUCUGCUAAAAGGGUGUCCUUUCACAGCCAAUGACAGCAGGUUUACCGUGCUGCCAGAUCUCAGAUGCCAGUGUAACAUUUGCCAGAAGAUACUCAGAAGCAAAGCAAAUAUAUUAAGACACCUUAGAGUCCAUGCAUUUCAGGAGAGAAGAAAAUCAUCUGUUGAGAAUUUUAAUGAAACAAGUAUGACAGUGGAGAACCUAAACAGUUCUGAACUGGAGAACCUGUCCCAGAAUGUGGAGGAUCACUUCCAGUGCUUGCUGAAUUCUGUUGGAUACCAGUGUCUGAUCUGUGGGCAGGAAUUUCGUUUCAAAAGUUUUAUUAUUACUCACGUUCGUAUGCACCUCAACCAGCGUCCAUAUAAGUGCCAGGAGUGUCCCAAGAGCUUCUACGCCCGGCACUUGCUGAAGAAACAUCAGCAGAACCACACAAAACCUUAUAAAUGUCCAGCUUGUAAUAAGAGCUUCAUUCGUAGGUAUAUCAUGAAGAACCACUUCAAAAAGAGGCAUGAACAGGAGGACCCGCUGAAAGAUGUCACAGAGCUAGUGGCGGAGAAGCUGAUUCAGUGUGACAUCUGUGGUAAGACAAUGAAAUCCUAUCAGAAAAGUGUGAUGUUGUGUCACAUCCGCCUACACAAGGAUGUCAGGCCCUUCAAGUGUAGGGUGUGUGACAAGUCAUUUAUUAGUGACAAUGCCGUGAGAAAGCAUUCCCUCAACCACACCAAGCCAUACAAGUGCCAUAUUUGUAGUAAAGGAUUCUCCAGACGAUACCUCCUUACAGAUCACUUUAGGAAGAAAUGUAGCCGGAAGAAAGGAACAGAUUCAAAGCAGAGGGAUGAUCUGGUGUCAGGAAAUACUGACCAGCAUGGGCAGCUGGACCAAGCCAUUGAUGAUUUGCCAGUUGCCGUGUUGGCCAUUUCUGGGGAAGAAACUCGGCCUUAUGAGGCAAAGAUUAUCAAAGAACAAGAUAUUGGCACUGGGACAGUGACCUAUACGUGUGAACCAUGUGAUAAAAGAUUCACGGUCUAUGAAGCACUAAUGAGGCACAUCAACACGUUUUCCAAAGCAACACCGUGCAAGUACUGCAGACAGGUAUUUGGAGACAAACAUGUGACAAUGUUACACCAGCGUUCCUGUUUAGGUCUAGCAGUUAGUCAGUCUCAGAAAUGCUCAAAGAAAAGCAAUACAGUAGGAAAACAGCAAGAGAAAGUUCAGAAAAUCAUGAAGGACAUCAGCAUGAAAAUUGAAAAUCUGACUUCUAAAACAUCUUCAAAUAUCUUUGAUGAGGAUGUUGUAGAGGAAUCAGUAGAUAGCACAGCUGGAAAGAAUGACUCUGAUCUAAUGCUGCUAAAGAAGAUAUCAGGGGACACACAGGAGCAAUCUGUACCAGUGAUGGAUAUGUUAGGUGAUACACAGGUACUAGCAGGGUCAUUAAAGGAUUUGUCAAGCAACAAAUGGGUGACACCAACUGUCAACACAGUUACAAACAUUUUGCACAGUUCAGAGGAAAGAAAGAGCCAGUUUUCAUGUCCUGAGUGUGACCGAAGCUUCGCCACCACUAGAGGUCUGAAGAUUCAUGCCAGUAGUCAUGUGCGGCUGUUCAAGUGUGAAACCUGUGACAAAGAUUUCACUCAGAUCAGCGAUCUCAGAGCCCAUGCCAACAGCCACAUAACUGGAGCAGAAGCUGGUGAAGAACUCAAAGGAAAACUGCCAGCUCAAAGUCUGAACAAACACCAACAGAAUGAAGAGAAAAAACAGGAAGCAACAGCAUAUAAUAAGAAAGAACAGACUUCAUCCGCAAAGAGUGUGGUUUCUGAGAAAAGAAGCAGGAAAACCUCCAUAUCUAAGAAAGGUGAUGAUGACCCUAAUUUGGAAAAAAUAGUCAAACAUCAGGACUUUAAGGAUAUUAGUCGUCGGCUGAUGCAGUCUGGAACAAGAGGUCGUCCUUACAGUUGUAAAAUGUGUCGUCGGAGAUUUACUGAACAGUCUGGGCUAGAUGUUCACUUGCUGCAGAAUCAUGGAGUCCGACCAUAA